ACCCAUAGAAUUGUCUCUAGAGAGAAAUACUGCCCUUCAAAGAGAGGUCGGCCUGCCAAAAAAAGUCGGCUGGAAGAGAAGGGCCACUCAGAGAAAAGUGCCUGUGCAUCAAGAGGAAGUUCUUCAGGAAAAGAUCUCUCUGCAGGAAGAUUUCACCGCAAGAGAAGCAGCCCUGCAGAGGAGGGUGAUUUAGUCAAGUGUAGUAUCUGUGAAUCCAGUGUACCCUCUGCAGGGACAGAUUGCUUUGCAAGAAGUCACUCCAACAAAAGCAACCCUGGAGAGAAGAGUCGCUCCUUAGAGAGUGGAAUCUUUUCAUCAAGAGUACCCUCUGUAGGGAAAGAUCUCCAUACAGGAAGAGGGCACACCCAAAAAAUUCAUAGGGCAGAGAAGGGUCGCUUGGUGAAAAAAUGUAGCAGUACAUCAAGAGGACCCUCUACACGGAAAAAUCGCUCUGGAGGAAGAGGUGGCCCAACAAAAGUGGCACUGUAGAGGAGAGUCUGUCAUUCGAGGAUAGUCGCAGUCCAUCAAGAAGACUCUCUUCAGGAAACGAUCCAUCUGGAGGAAGAGGUCGCCCUAACAAACAAGGCCCUGCAGAGAGGGUUGGUUCUGUUGAAAAUAGUAGCAGUCCAUCAAGAGGACACUCUUCUGGGAAAGAUCGAUCUCGAGGAAGAUGUCACCCUAACAAACAAGGCCCUGCAGAGAGGGUUCGUUCAGUUGAGGGAAGUAGCAAUCCAUCAAGAAAACUCUCUGUACCGAAAAAUCGAUCUACAGGAAGAGGUGGCCUCAUCAAACACAGCCCUGGAGAGAGAGGUCGUUCUGUUGAAAGUAGUAGCAGUACAUCAAGAGGACCCUCUUCAUGGAAAGACCGAUCUAGAGGAAGAGGUCGCCCCAAAAAACUAGGCCCUGCAGAGAAGGGUUGUUCAGUCAAGCAUAGUAGCAGUCCAUUAAGAGGAACCUCUAGAGGGAAAAAUCAAUCUGGAGGAAGAGGUCGCCCUAACAAGAAAGGCCCUGUAGAGAGGGGUCGUUCAGUUGAGGGCAGUAGCAGUUCAUCAAGAAGAACCUCGACAGAAACAGAAUGUCUUGUGAGAAGAUGUCGCUGCAACAAAAGUAGCCUUGCAGAGGGAUGGUGUUCAGGGAAAGAUCGCCCUUCAGGAGGUCACCCAAACAAAAGUGGCCCUGCAGAGGAGGCUCAGUCAGUCGAGGGUAGUAGCAAUCUAUCAAGUGGACCUUCAGUAGCUAAAGAUCGGUCUGCAGGAAGAGGUCGCCCCGACCAACAAGGCCCUGCAGAGAGGGGUCGUUCAGUUGAGGGUAGUAGCAGUCCAUCAAGAGAACCCUCUAUUCCUAAAUAUCUAUGUGCAGUAAGAGUUCACCUCAUCAGAUACAUCCCUGGAGAGAGUGGUCGUUCUGUUGAAAGUAGUAGCAGUCCAUCAAGAGGAACAUCUACAGGGAAAGAUCUAUCUGGAGGAAGAGGUCGCCCAAACAAUCAAGGCCCUACAGACAGGUGCUGUUCAGUUGAGGGCAGUAGCAGUCCAUCAAGAAGAACCUCUACAGGAAAAGAACGUCUUGUAAGAAGAUGUCACUCCAACAAAAGUAGCCUUGCAGAGGGGUGGUGUUCAACCAAGUGUGGUAUCUGUACACCAAGAGGACUCUCUGCAGGGAAAGAUUGCCCUUCAGGAGAAAGUCACCCAAUCAAUAGUGGCCCUGCAGUUGAGGGUCAGUCAGUCGAGGGUAGUAGCAAUCCAUCAAGUGGUCCCUCUGUAGCUAAACAUCGAUCUGGAAGAAGCGGUCACCUCAAGAGACACAGCCCUGCAGAAAGGGGUCAUUCUUUGGAAAGUAGUAGCAGUACAUCAAGAGGACCCUCUUCAAAGAAAGAUCAACCUGGUGGAAGACGUUGCCCCAACAAACACAGCCGUGCAGAGAGGGGUCGUUCACUCAAGAGUAGCAGCAGUCUAUCAAGAGAACCCUCUUCAGAGAAAGAUCGAUCUAGAGGAAGAGGUCGCCCCAACAAACAAGGCCCUGCAGAGAGGGGUCGUUCAGUUGAAGGUAGUAGCAGUCCAUCAAGUGGACCCACUGUAGCUAAAGAUCCAGCAGGAAGAAGUGGUCACUGCAAUAGACAUAGCCCUGCAGAGAGGGGUCAUUCUUUGGAAAGUAGUAGCAGUACAUCAAGAGGACCCUCUUCAAAGAAAGAUCAACCUGGUGGAAGACGUUGCCCCAACAAACACAGCCGUGCAGAGAGGGGUCGUUCACUCAAGAGUAGCAGCAGUCUAUCAAGAGAACGCUCUUCAGAGAAAGAUCGAUCUAGAGGAAGAGGUCGCCCCAACAAACAAGGCCCUGCAGAGAGGGGUCGUUCAGUUGAAGGUAGUAGUACUCCAUCAAGUGGAUCCUCUGUAGCUAAAGAUCCAGCAGGAAGAAGUGGUCACUGCAAUAGACAUAGCCCUGCAGAGAGGGGUCAUUCUUUGGAAAGUAGUAGCAGUACAUCAAGAAGACCCUCCUCAGGGAUAGAUCAAUCUGGAGGAAGACGUUGCCCCAACAAACACAUCCGUGCAGAGAGGGGUCGUUCACUCAAGAGUAGCAGCAGUCUAUCAAGAGAACCCUCUUCAGAGAAAGAUCGAUCUAGAGGAAGAGGUCGCCUCAACAAACAAGGCCCAGCAGAGAGGGGUCGUUCAGUUGAAGGUAGUAGUACUCCAUCAAGUGGAUCCUCUGUAGCUAAAGAUCCAGUAGGAAGAAGUGGUCACCGCAAUAGACAUAGCCCUGCAGAGAGGGGUCAUUCUUUUGAAAGUAGUAGCAGUACAUCAAGAAGACCCUCCUCAGGGAUAGAUCGAUCUGGAGGAAGACGUUGCCCCAACAAACACAGCCGUGCAGAGAGGGGUCGUUCACUCAAGAGUAGCAGCAGUCUAUCAAGAGAACCCUCUUCAGGGAAAGAUCGAUCUAGAAGAAGAGGUUGUCCCCCAAAUGAAAGACCUGCAGGGAGGGGUCGUUCAGUUGAGGGUAGUAGCAGUCCAUUAAGAGAACCCUCUGUCCCCAAAAAUCGAUCUGGAGGAAGAGGUCACCUCAACAGACAUAGCCCUGCAGAGAGGGGUCGUUCUGUUGAAAGUAGUAGCAGUCUAUCAAGAGAACCCUCUUCACGGAAAGAUCAAUCUAGAGGAAGAGGUCGCCCCAAAAAACAAGGUCCUGCAGAGAGUGGUUGUUUACUCGAGAGUAGUAGCAGUCUAUCAAGAGAAACCUCUUCAGGGAAAGAUCAAUCUGGAGGAAGAGGUCGCCCCAAUAAUAGCAGCCCUGGAGAAGAGGGUCUUUUGGUCAGGAAUGGUAGCAGUUCAUCAAGAGGACCCUCUGAGUGGAAAGAUCGCCCCACUGGCCAAAGUUGGCCUUUGAAGAAAAACCACCCUGCAGUGGAGGGGCGCUCAGCAGAGAGUGGAAUUUGUGCAGACAGAGGGCCCUCUGAAGGGCAAGAGCAACCUGCAGUGAGAAGUUGUCCCAAAAAUAGACACCUUGAAGAGGAAUUUCUGGUUUUUGGAAGGAAUAAAUCUGCAAAAAGAGGGCCUUCUACAGGGAAAGAUCACCCCUUUAGCAGAGGUCAGCCUCUGAAGAAAAGCCGCCCUGAAGAGGGAGGCUGCUCAGCAGAAGGGGGUAACCAUGCAGAGAGGGAAGCAUCUGCAGGGGAAGAUUACCCCACAGGCAGAGGUCAGCCUCAGAAGAAAAGCCACCCUGCUAAGGCAGGGCACUCAGUUAAGAAGAAACCUUCUGCAUGGAAAGAGCCCCACACUGGGAGAGGUCAGGUUUUAAAGAAAAGCCACCCUGCAGAGAGGCAUCCAUCUGCCUCUAUGAAAAUUUGUCCUCCCAAAAAACAUCGACCUGCAGAGAAAGUUGUCUGUGAAAAGAGAGUUCAUUCUCCAGAAAGAGUUCACUCCAUGGAGAGAAUUCAUCUUGCUAAGAAAAGUUGUCCUGCAGAGAGACAGCUCUCUGCUGAGGAAGGUAGCAUGGCAGAGCCUAGUUGCUCCUUUGGGAAAGAUCUUUCAAGAGAAGCAGCUAACUCUUCCCAGGAAAGCUGCACAGCUGAAGAAGGGAGUAGGGAGGACAAUAUGCAUUCUGUGGAGAAAGGUCAUGUCUCCAUGGAGAAAGGCUUCCCUGAAGAGAAACUCCUUUCAGGAUUCAUGUCUAAGGAGACAGAGCCAAACAAUAUGCCGAGUCCUCCAGAAAACAAAAUUGGCAGUGAUACCAAUCAAGUAGCCCAGGUCUCUCACCGUAAUGUGCCUGUGACUGUGAAGAUAAAAAUGGGAGUUGAGUUGAGCUUGCCUGGUGAACUGAAGUCUCAUCUUGUUGAGGACUGGGACUUGGUCACCAAGCAAAAGCAGUUAUUCCAACUUCCUGCUGAGAAGAGUGUAGAUACCAUUCUUGCAGAAUAUGUGACUUUUGUGAAGUCACAAGGGCUUGCUGAUAAUAGAGAAUACUCCGUUGAUGAGCUUGUAUUUGGAAUAAGAGUGUAUUUCAACGACAUGCUGGCCACGCAGCUGCUCUACCAGUUUGAAAGGCCCCAGUAUGCUGAAAUUCACCUAGCUUAUCCUGGUAUUCCAACAUCUCAGAUUUAUGGGGCUCCACACCUCCUGCGAUUGUUUGUGAAUAUUGGGACUGCAUUGGCCCAUUCACCUCUUAACAGGCAGAGUCUUCUCUUAGUGUGUAACUAUAUGCAUGGUUUUCUUGAAUAUCUUGUACAGAACUCUACUUCUCUGUUUCAUGCCAGCAAUUACAGAGUAGCUUCUGCUGAAUAUUGCUGCAAAGCCCUGUGAAGGGUUAGCUGACCACUUAAUCAGUUAAUAUUUCUGUUUCCUGUUUGCACUGUGUAAUUGAUGUUCUUGAAAACUAUAUAACAGGGCUUAAUGUUUCCAUUUGAUUAUUGUUGUUGUGAGCAGAAAAUAAUAGUAAUUCUUUACCACCGUGUACCAUCAUUCAACAACAAAUAAAU